UUCCUUCCAUUUAUUCAUUCUUCCCAUUUUGGUGAUUCGCUUGUAUGUGACUUUAUCACUUACUUGACUUGAAUUCUCUCUCGACCUCGUCCUCUAUCCCCCGUUCGUGAUUUUUUCUUACCGUCGACCAACGAAUCAAUUAUACUUCACCAUUUUCUCUCUACUUCCACAUACGACGGGCUUAAUCAAUCAUAACCACUUCACAAUCUCCCACCCAGCAAUCCUCAAUCCUCAACUCAACCUCCAACUUCCAUCCACCUCCCAAACCCCUCAAAAAAUGUCCCGUCCAACCCUCUCCCAACUCACCCGCCUCACCCACCUCUCCCGGACCCAUCGAUUCGCCUCUACAAAAUCCUCCGCCCCCCGUCAAGCCAUCUACUUCGGCCGCGACGUAUACUGGGGAAAAGCGUGGAAGAAUGUAUACGGAACAGGACUUCUGUACGUUUUUUAACAUUCUUGAAUCCCUUGCAUGAUUUUGUGUCGUUUUACGAUAAAUUUAGUGCUGUGCUGAUUGAGAUCUUGAUUCCUCGCAGAUAUAUUCCUGCUGUUGCUGCUGUCAUGUUUUGGUGUAUGCCUAUUCCGCCUGUGAUGAAUCAGUUGAAGGGGGUUAAGAAGACGGUGGUUGGUGCUUAGACUAGGACUGGGACUAGAACGGGAUGUUGAUGUGCGGUGAAUAUGCUGGGUGUUUUUAGGUUGACGAAUUGCUGGGCAUUAUAGAUCGAGCACGAUAUAGGAAAUUACACCAAUGAUAUUGUCUUGUCAUGAUUC